AGAAGAAAGAAAGUCAUACAGGUUUGAAACAACAUACAGCCACACCUAUUGCUUCUGAAGUCAUGGAUUUAACCUCUUGAGGAAGAAAGUCAAACAUGUUUGAAAUUACAUGAGAGUGAGUAAAGGAUGAUAUCAUUUUUGGGGUGAACUUUCUCUUUAAAACCUAGUCCAGCAUUGGAAGGUGGAGUGAGCCUCAUUUUGUGAGCUCAGAAUGAGUUAGCAGAAGAGGGCAGUGUUGCAGAGUUCAGUCUAUAUAAUAUUACAGGAGACGUUGGCUAUAAUUUACUGUGUGACCUGCAGUUGCUUUGCCAUGCCUGGGCAGCAGACAUGCAGUUCGGGCUGAAGAAGGGCCGGGCAGCGAGAGGAACUGUUCUGCAAUUCCUCCGUAUCUGCCACCAACAGCUGUAAACACAACACUAAGGCUUUGUGAUCUCAGGACAGCCAUGAGUCUGUUGAGUAUCUCUGCCUACAUCAUACCUGCGACAGAUGCUCAUCUGAGUGAGUAUAUCGCCCCUAGAGAUGCGAGGUUGAGCUGGAUGUCUGGUUUCACUGGCUCUGCAGGCACAGCAGUUAUUACUCAAAGCAAAGCAGUUUUGUGGACUGACAGCCGCUACUGGAUUCAGGCAGAGAGACAAAUGGACUGUAACUGGGAGCUAAAGCGAGAUGUCUCAAUUCACAGCAUAACCAACUGGCUAAUCAAAGAGAUCCCUGAGGGAGAUCAGGUGGGCUUCGACCCAUUCCUCUUCUCUGUAGACACAUUUGGCAUCUACAACACCAACCUGGCUCCAGCGGGCCGGAUCCUGAAGUCAAUCCCUGAUAACCUGGUUGAUAAAAUAUGGAUAGAUCGACAUCCUCUGCCUCCUGACAACCCCACAUGCUUACCUGAGAGUAUCAUCGAGAGGACCUGGCAGAUGAAGGUUGACCAGAUACGGGCCCAAAUAAAUGAUAAUCCAUACAAGCCCACCGCUGUGCUGCUUUCAGCUUUGGAUGAGACAGCAUGGCUGUUUAAUCUACGAGGCAACGACAUCCCUUUCAAUCCAUUCUUCUAUUCUUACACUCUGCUAACAAUGGAUGAAAUAUGGAUCUUUGUGCACACUGAGCGAAUAACAGAUGAGUUGAAGGAGUAUCUGAAUGUGUCGUGCUACCAUGCCUACUGCGUGCAGCUGUUUGAGUACAGCUCUGUGCGCACAUACCUGCAGACCUAUCUACUUAAACCCAACGUGAGGGUGUGGGUGGGCACAGAGUACACCAACCAGGCCCUGUAUGAGCUCAUUACUCCUGAGGAGAAACUACUGACUAGCACUUACUCUCCAGUGCUGACCGCAAAAGCAGUGAAAGAUGCAACAGAGCAGCGUAUUCUCAAAGAGGCUCAUGUGAGGGACGCAGUCGCAGUCAUGCAGCUUCUGCUGUGGCUUGAGAAGAAAGUCCCAGAGGGAAAAGAGACAGAGCUUACAGCAGCACAUUUCAUUGAUCAGUGUCGCAGUAAGCAAAAGAACAGCAGAGGACCGAGUUUUGAGACCAUUUCUGCAAGUGGACCUAAUGCUGCUCUUGCCCACUAUAGUCCAUCUAAUGAAACUGCAAGAAAGCUUAUGGUGGAUGAGAUGUAUCUUGUUGACUCUGGAGGACAGUAUCUGGAUGGUACUACGGAUAUCACACGUACUGUACACUGGGGUGUACCCACUGACUUUCAAAAGGAGGCCUACACAAGGGUGCUCAUGGGAAAUAUUGAAAUUUCAAGAACCAUCUUUCCUGCUGGAACUAGAGGUGUGAAUGUGGAGAUGCUGGGACGAAGGGCAUUGUGGGAAAUCGGUUUAAAUUAUGGCCAUGGCACAGGUCAUGGUGUGGGCAACUACUUUGGAGUCCAUGAAUGGCCUGUGGGAUUUCAGUCCAAUAAUAUUCCAUUUCAAGAGGGAAUGUUUACAUCAAUUGAACCUGGUUAUUACAAGGAGAAUGACUUUGGUAUACGGAUAGAGGACAUCACUGUUACUAUUCCAGCUACAACAAAGCAUGGCAACAAUUACUUGACUUUUGAAACAGUUUCACUGGUGCCUUAUGACAGAAACCUAAUAGACACAUCUCUCCUUAGCCCUGAGCAGCUCCACUGGUUGAACACAUACUAUGAGACCAUUCGCAGUGUGGUGGGUCCCGAGCUGGAAAAGCAGGGGCUGAAGGAGGAGCAUGCCUGGAUGAUGAAGCACACAUCACCCUUCAUUAGAGCUCAAUCCUCAGCUGUCAUAUUCUCAGUUACACUUUUAGUAACAGCUCUGCCAUCAGCCUUACUGUAUCUUUUGCUUUAAAAGACAUGAGACGGAAGAAUUUAAAACACUCCACUGUGCUCAAUCCUAUUGCCUCUGCUGCUAAUACACUCACCUAAAGGAUUAUUAGGAACACCUGUUCAAUCUCUCAUUAAUGCAAUUAUCUAAUCAACCAAUCACAUGGCAGUUGCUUCAAUGCAUUUAGGGGUGUGGUCCUGGUCAAGACAAUCUCCUGAACUCCAAACUGAAUGUCAGAAUGGGAAAGAAAGGUGAUUUAAGCAAAUUUGAGCGUGGCAUGGUUGUUGGUGCCAGACGGGCCGGUCUGAGUAUUUCACAAUCUGCUCAGUUACUGGGAUUUUCAUGCACAACCAAUUCUAGGGUUUACAAAGAAUGGUGUGAAAAGGGAAAAACAUCCAGUAUGCGGCAGUCCUGUGGGCGAAAAUACCUUGUUGAUGCUAGAGGUCAGAGGAGAAUGGGCCGACUGAUUCAAGCUGAUAGAAGAGCAACUUUGCCUGAAAUAACCACUCGUUACAACCAAGGUAUGCAGCAAAGCAUUUGUGAAGCCACAACACGCACAACCUUGAGGCGGAUGGGCUACAACAGCAGAAGACCCCACCAGGUACCACUCAUCUCCACUACAAAUAGGAAAAAGAGGCUACAAUUUGCAAGAGCUCACCAAAAUUGGACAGUUGAAGACUGGAAAAAAGUUGCCUGGUCUGAUGAGUCUCGAUUUCUGUUGAGACAUUCAGAUGGUAGAGUCAGAAUUUGACGUAAACAGAAUGAGAACAUGGAUCCAUCAUGCCUUGUUACCACUGUGCAGGCUGGUGGUGGUGGUGGUGGUGUAAUGGUGUGGGUGAUGUUUUCUUGGCACACUUUAGGCCCCUUAGUGCCAAUUGGGCAUCGUUUAAAUGCCACGGCCUACCUGAGCAUUGUUUCUGACCAUGUCCUUCACUUUAUGGCCACCAUGUACCCAUCCUCUGAUGGCUACUUCCAGCAGGAUAAUGCACCAUGUCACAAAGCUCGAAUCAUUUCAAAUUGGUUUCUUGAACAUGACAAUGAGUUCACUGUACUAAAAUGGCCCCCACAGUCACCAGAUCUCAACCCAAUAGAGCAUCUUUGGGAUGUGGUGGAACGGGAGCUUCGUGCCCUGGAUGUGCAUCCCACAAAUCUCCAACAACUGCAAGAUGCAAUCCUAUCAAUAUGGGCCAACAUUUCUAAAGAAUGCUUUCAGCACCUUGUUGAAUCAAUGCCACGUAGAAUUAAGGCAGUUCUGAAGGCGAAAGGGGGUCAAACACAGUAUUAGUAUGGUGUUCCUAAUAAUCCUUUAGGUGAGUGUAUGUGCUGGUAGGCCAGGUAUGAAUAGAAAAGCUCCACUGCUGAAUACACGGCCUAUCCUAUACUGUAUACUCUAUCUCUCUCUCUGUCUUUCUCUCUCUCUACACCAUUACUUUUCUUUGACUGGUUUUCUAGACCAUUUUAACUUACAGAUUGACCAGCCCAGAUUGGAUUUUUUAAUUAUGCAAAUGACUAGAAAAGUUGACAUAUCACAAUCACAGCUUUUUGUGACCUAAGUUUGAAUUUUUGUUAAGAUUGUAUAGUAUGUUUAUAGCAUAGAAUUGUUGCUCAUAUCAAAUUAACAAAGAUAAUAUUAAGAAAUUAAUAAAUUGCAUGUGUUUGUAUGCUGUAAAUACAGUACGAUCAAUU